AUGGUUCUGCAGAAGCAGAGGGUCGCGAUCAUAGGCUCGGGUAAUUGGGGCAGUGCCAUUGCCACGAUUGCUGGCUACAACACCAUGCGCCAUAAGGACGUGUUUGAGCCGACCGUGAAUAUGUAUGUGUACGAGGAGAUCAUCAACGGCGAAAAGCUCACGGACAUUAUCAACCGUGAGCACGUCAACACCAAGUACCUGCCUCAUGCGAGGCUCCCAGACAACGUGGUCGCUGUGCCGAAAGCGGAGGAAGCCGCUCGUGAUGCGACGCUGCUGGUGUUUGUGCUGCCGCACCAAUUCAUCCUGAACGUGUGCAAGUCCCUCAAAGACGCCAUUGCGCCGGGCGCACACGCCAUCUCGAUGAUCAAGGGCGUGGAUGUGGCCAACCACCAGAUUAGCAUUUAUGCCGACGUGAUUGAAAAGUCGCUCGGCAUCCCAUGUGCGGCUCUGAGCGGUGCCAACAUCGCGAACGAAGUCGCGCAGGGCCUCUUUUCUGAGACCACCAUUGGCUACCGCGCGAGUCAGCGCGGCCUCGUCGACUACUACCAGAAGCUGUUCGACACGCCCAAAUUCCGUGUCGGCGCUAUUGAGGACGUCUCGGGCGUGAGCUUGUGCGGUGCGCUCAAGAACGUCGUGGCCGUCGGUGCCGGCUUUGUCGACGGCCUUGAGUGGGGCGGCAAUGCGAAGGCCGCCAUCAUGCGCAUUGGUCUGAUGGAGAUGCGCAACUUUGCGCUCGAGUUCUUCGACGGCGUGAAGCCGGAGACCUUCACCGAGACGAGCGCCGGUGUCGCCGAUCUGAUUACGACCUGCUACGGCGGCCGUAACCGCAAAUGCGCCGAGGCCUUUGUCAGGACUCGCAAGCCCUUCCAUGUGCUCGAGGCCGAGCUCUUGAACGGCCAAAAGCUCCAGGGCACAGAGACCACGAAGGACGUGAUCGAGUUCUUGGAGUCGCACGGCAAGGUCGACAAGUAUCCCCUCUUCAAGACGAUCUACGACAUUUGCUAUAAUGGACUGGACCCCCAGCAGCUGACAGAGCGUCUCUAG